GGUCAUGAGGACCACAGAUAUGAAAACGUAUGUCUGCCAUAACGGUGAUUAACCAUAUGCACAUCAUCAUUAUUCACAGCCUAGCAGUUUGUUAUAGUUUACCCCUAAAGCCACACAAAAUAGUCAGUUUCACUAUUACAUCACCAAGCCACGAUUUCUGAGUAUAAACAACCACUCAGUCUGACUGAGAGCAUUGUGAAAAUCUAGGCGAUCAUGUGACUGACUAAACUAUGUUAAUCCAUAUUGUUCAGCAAUGCAUUGAUGCAAUGUUAAUUCCAUGUAAUUUAAACCUCUAGUCUACAACCCUUCUGCAAGUAGCCUAGCGCAAAACAAAAAGCACAGGGAUUGGCUGGUCCUUGGGGCUAGCCAUGAGCUGAGUGUGUGGACACAGAGAGGAAGAAAAGUGAGGGAACAAACUGGAAGUCUGGAACUUUUUUCUUUUUUUUCUCCCCCCUCCUUUCUUCAUUGGAAUGCUGUGAUAAUGAAAUGCGCUCAGCUGGGCUGAGAUCCAGCUCCAACUUUACUGAGGCCUACAGUGAGGAGUCUCAUAGAGGCUAGUGGGAAAAUGAUAGCUGCUGAAUCCCGCUCUGUCUGUCUGGGAUUCUCUCCCGGUCUUUCUCUCUCUCCUUACUACUCCCACCCCAUCACAUGUUCCAUGGACUGGAGAACCAUGGCAGAGUUCCAAUGGAAUGUGGCAAGAACCAUAGAAAAAGUUAGAACUUCCCAAUUCCUGCCACUUUUUUGCUUGCAUCAUUAUAAGUUAGUCAGCCAGACUAUUCCCAACUCCUACAUGUUGAACUGACCAUGGCAGAGAUGUUAAGGAAUUUCAUUAAUUUGUUAUCAGAGGGGGAGUAUUCCUAAACAAAUUAGGCCGACAUGCUUUAUAAAAUGAAAUGUCUUACCGUCAGUACCAUUUUUACAUUGAGUUGAAUCCAAAACUCAUUGGAUGGUGCUAUAUUAUCAUGGCUGGUGUGUUUGCUUCAAACAAACAGAUUCUAGACUAAAGAGCAAACUGAGUAGCUGCGUGACCGGAUUCUCUGGACUUCCUGAUAGCUAAACAACUGUACCUUAUGCGCAUUUGCUACUUUAAGUACAAGGCACAACAGACUACUCUGGCAAAUUUCAAUGAUGUGCUGUCUAUCAAAUCGUGCGGUGUUGCAUGAUCAUUGAAAAGCUAAAUAAUAGUUAUGUUAUUUAUGGUUAAAACAGUCCCACCCCCCCCCCCCCCCCCCCCCCCCAAUUCAUCAGGGCAUGGACUCUACAAGGUGUCGAAAGCAUUCCUCAGGAAUGCUGGCCCAUGUUAACUUCAAUGCUUCCCACAGUUGUGUCAAGUUGGCUGGAUGUCCUUUGGGUGGUGGACCAUUCUUGAUAAACACGGGAAACUAUUGAGCUUCAAAAACCCAGCAGCGUGGCAGUUCUUGACACAAACUGGUGCGCCUUGCACCUACAACCGCACCCUGUUCAAAGGCACUUCAAUAUUUUGUCUUGCCCAUUAGACCAAUCCAUGUCUCAAGCCUUAAAAAUCCCUUGUUAACCUUUCUCCUCCCCUUCAUCUACACUGAUUUGAAGUGUAUUUAACAAGUGACAUCGAUAAGGGAUCAUAGCCUUCACCUGGUCAGUCUGUCGUUGAAAGAGCAGGUGUCCUUAAUGUUUUGUACACUCAGUGUAUAUGAUGCAUGUCUUGCAUUAGGCAAACAUAUAUUUCUGAUGAUUCAUCUAAGCGGUGACUUGUUUCUUUACGAGCAGAGUUUAUCAAUCUCACGAUGGUUUAGGUCAGGAGAUGGCGUUUAAACUAGCUCUGCUGAUAAUUAGUGUGUGAUUAGAAACCUGUUAAGGGGUUUAACAUCUGGGGUGUUGCUUGCUAAAGCAGCCCAGGGAGCUGGGUAAAGCAUACACUAAUCUAAAGAUCAGUCAACGCCCGCAUACACACACACACUGCAGAUUUACAAAACCAAUACAAAGAGGUCAUCUGGACAUUCCAGUUUGUGGAUUUCAAAUGUUAAACCCUGUAAUGUUCAGGCAUGUUCAGUAGCACAACAGGGAUUUCUUUGCUUUGCUUCUUUGGAUUUGUGUUUAGGUGAGCUGCAGCACAAAUCGAAUCAGACCUUUUAUUUGAAGUGCAUUAAAGGAACUCAAAGAAAUAUAAUUACUGGAACGAGCAUUCCCAUUCAAGUCAUCGUUCGGUGAUGGGUGGUAGGCUAAUUCUGUGACUAUAGAUCUCAACACUUCACGUUACACCAAUCUGACCUCUGUGAUCCCUCUUUCACAGAAAGCCACGAGGAAAACAGACAAGCCUCGGCCGGAGGACCUGGAUGUGACUGAGCUGACCAGUGAGGGCCUGAAGGACGAGCUGCUCAAGUAUGGAGUCAACGUAGGACCCAUCGUGGGUGAGUCAGUCAGUCUGCUAGUUCCUUUUUAAAAGGCAUUGUUUUUAGAAAACAUUGGGUUCAUUCUGUGUUAUUAUCGAGUCUAUAAUCGCCUGUUAUUACCUGUUGAUUGUAUGGUAGGUGGAAUAUGUAUGUAAUUGUGCUGUGCUCCUGUGUCCAGUCCAUGUAAAUAAAACGAAUUGGUUCAAUUUCUUUGGUCCAGACAAAUAAUGCCUUCUAUAUUUCUGCAGAAGGGAAUUAAUAGAGUUGUAUUGAAUUUAUUUUAAUAAUGGCCAUUAUUGUUGCAGACUUCAUUAGUUUAUUAAUACAGUUGUGUUGAAUUCAUUUGAAAAAUGUCUGAACUUUUGGCAGCCUCCACCCAUAAACUGUAUGAGAAGAGGGAUUAAUAUAGUUCUAUUGAAUUUAUUUGAAUGUCUUGUUGUCAUGGCAGCCACAACCCGUAAGCUGUAUGAGAGAAGGCUCCAGAAGCUGUUGGACCAUGGUCCUCCUGAGACCGUGACUCUACCGAUGGUCAUCACUCAGGUAGACAGCAACCACAACGGCAACUCUGACUCAGACCGCUACAGCGACAAGGAGGAAGGUAAGAAACGUAACACUCAGUCAUCCUCUUUCUUAGACCAGGUUUAUUACAGAUUCAAAUCAGAUUCAUCUCGGCAGUUGACACAUUAGAUUACACAUGAGAUCUUUUUUUUCUGAGAUGCCUACUUGCAAACCAAAUUGGCCCUCUGGGAUAAUACGAAUCAUGGAUUGAUUGGUUGGUUAAUAGACUGAAUGACAGAGCAUGACAUUGAUGGAAAUUGUGUGUAUGUGUUUAGAGGUGACGACAGUCCCAGAACCAGAGCCAGUCACAGUCCCCGUGGUGGAGAGACCUGUCAGAAGCAGAGGGAAGACCCCAGUCACCACCAGGACCCGCAGCAGCCAGCACAACCGGGUGAGUCCCUCUUUAUUUAAUCAGGGGACAAAAGCACAUCCUCACGUUAGGCCAACUUCAUGGUUUGCAUUCCUUCAAAGCUCGCCAUACAGAAUGUGUUGAAAUCUGAGUUAAAUAGCAUGCAUAUCUCAAGUUGUGAUUUGUCCCCAAGUGCUACACAUUUGGCAAUGAUUAGUAGUCACAUUAGAGGCUAUAGGAUGCGCAGCGGCACAUCUGGGGUCGGUUAAACCUGUCUCUAAUAUAUUAUUGAGAGAGAGGAGGUGUGUCCUUUAUGAGACACCUUAUAGGGGUGGAAGUUACGUGUCUGUGGAAAACGAAGCACCAAAUGUGUCUGUCUGCUGGGAGUUAGUGCAGCAGGCUUUGAUUUCACAACCGGCCACAUUUACAUUUACAUCAUUUAGUUGAUGCUCUUAUCCAGAGCGACUUACAAAUUGGUACAUUCAACUUAUGAUAGCAAGUGGGACAACCACUUUUUUUCUCCUUUUUUUUGUGGGGGAGGUGGGGGUAGAAGGAUUGCUUUAUACUAUUCCAGGUAUUCCUUAAAGAGGUAGGGUUUCAAGUGUCUCCGGAAGGUGGUCAGUGACUCCGCUGUCCUGGCGUCGUGGGGGAGCUUGAAUGAAUUGGAUUAGCUUGUUUUCUCUAAGGCCACUAUUUAUUUUCCCUCUCUUUCACACUCUCUAUCCCCCUUUCAUUCUUUCCUCACAAGAACAUACUUAAAAGCCCCUGCUUAAUAUUUUUUUCUUCACAAAACCUAUCGUUUAAGUGUUUUUUAAAUGUUUUUAAGCCCUUUUACUUUUCUCCUCCUGGUUUCUUGAUACUUUGGGAGGUGUUGGUGCCAUCUGGUGUCGAAAUUCAGAACGUCCCAGAUGGUAACCUACUCAACUGAAGCUGUGGAUAUUAUAGCUGUGGAUAUUAUAAAGGGAUGGUUUGAGAUUUUGUAAAUGAAGCCCUGUAUCUACUACCUCAAGCUAGCUGUUCCUGUGUGCUUCCAGUCAUGAGCUAACUCUAGUUAGCAUUGUCUCGCACCUCUAACUUCCUUCAUACUGGACGCAUAGACAGAAUGGUAUCCCAGAGUUCAUCUGACUCUGGGGAAGUCGAUGGGCUUCAUUGCCAAAAUCUCAAACUAUCCCUUUAAAACAUGUGUGUGCACUGCCAACUUUACUCACUGAAGUUGUGGACUUGGCUUUAUAAGGCGUGUUCGUGAAGAGGUGGAAGGUCGGGUGUUCUGAGAAAAGUGUGUGUUUAGAUCUAUGCUCCAGACGAUGAUGAUGAUGAUGAUGAUCUUGAGGAAGAGCAUCCUGUGUUAAACAUAAAGAGACCAUCGAGGAGGUCGUCUCGUGGAGUCGACCAGAUGGUCCCUGCCAGCGAUGAUACUGUAAUAUACACUGAACCUAUCCAUCUCCCUUGGUUUGUGGUGCACUGGAGAAGUGUUCAGCUUGAUAAUCACCUUUUUUGUGGAUGGUGUUAGUCAUGUUAUAUAUUUAAGGUUUAUUUGGAAUUGUACACAGUUGCAGCUAAAAGCUGAAUUGCAGCAUACAUAGGCCUAAGUAAGUAAAAAAUAAAAAAUGAGAUGUAGUAUACAAUUAGUUAAGCAGCAUUAAGCAGUCUCACAAAGUAAGGCAUAGACCUAUGUCUUCACUCACUGGGUUCUCUACAACCACUGUUGAAUGUUAUGUUUGGAUUUGUUUGGGAAGGUACUCUUGUGUGGGUGGGUGUGUCCUCCCUUUCACCACAUCACCUGGUGUCAGUGGCUUCCUCAGCUAGAGAGACCAAUGAACACUGCACAGGUGGCAGGUCUCACCUUAAGCCUAGCUGCCUGAUUGCCUCCAUUAUUACACCGCCGCCUCAUGAUCCUCCUCCUGCUCCAGGAUGUCUCUGAGCUAUCAGCUGGUGAGGUAGUUCUUCCCCCUCCCAGAGAGGCAAAGACCAAGGCACCUCUGCUUCUGGUGGGUUUGUGAUCAAUUGAUAUGGGUUUGUGAUGUCCUGAGUAAACUUUCCACUGAUCUCUUUGUCAGUCCCUCUAUUUAACUUCCCUUCGCCUCGCUCUCCCCGUCUGUCAUGUUCCAGGAAGUCCCUAAGGAACCUAAGCCUAUACUGGCAGACAAGCCAAGCUCUAAGCCCUCUCCCUUACUGCAGGGCCUAGCCCAUGCCCAGUCCCAGUCGACUAGGACUUACCAUCAGGAGGUUGUUCUAACAGCCACGGCUGAGUCUCCCUCACCCAGACAGACUCAGGUACCUGUAGGUUCCCAGCUCAGGUGGUGGGGUUCACUAUGGUUACUUGUCACUCACUGGUGCUAUGAAUGGUUGUUGUGUUCAUGGCACAUAGUCACAGUGGUGUCUCAUAGUCAUAGUAAGAUAUUUUGGACUGUGCCAUUAUGGAUAUAUAUUUGUUUUCUUAUUGCCAAACCUUAAUGUUGAAGAGCCACUCACCCACCUGAUGUUUUGGCUAUUUAGUCUAGUACUCUAAAGUCUCUACUGUGUCUAACCCUCCUCAGUCUGUCCCUGACCGAGCCUUCCCCCUGAAUGUGAAUGCUGCUGUGCUCUGGGUCCCCAAAGGCAAACCCAGCAGCCCCCCAGUCAAGACCCCCAGCCACGGUGUCCCUGAAGGCCACAGAGGUCCGGAGAGCCACCGCUCCCUCAAUCCCAGGCAGACUAGUAGAAAGGUGCUUUCCUUGCCUCCCUCACUUACUGGGAGAUAGAAAUAGCCUUUUGGUCAAUCACUAGGAACUAUAAAUGAUUUGUUCCAUUUUAACAAUGGUUUGUUAGUCUACAUUUUUAUGUAUACAUUUGUGUGUGGGCAUACUUUACUAACUUUGUUGGUUUUGAUGUGCUUCUCGCCUGUGCGACUUAACGUUAACUACGGAGACACAAGAUUAUGUAAUUAGAUAGUUGAGAGCGCCGCCUUCUUCAGAAUCAGGAUGUCUGUCCCAAGAUGGAAGUGAGGUGUGGCAUUAGAUUGAGUUUAUUAGUCACAUGUACAGGGAUGCAGAUGUAAUUGCAGGGUACAGUGAAAUCUCAUGAAAUAACAGUGCAUGUCAAAAUAAAUUAAAAAUAUAAAAUAAAAGAGAAGUGACUAUAAGAGAAAAAUAUGGAUAAUAAUAUACACAAUAAUAAUAUACAACUGUAGCAAUGAUAAAUGACCGUUGGGUGGUGGGGACAGGGGAAGAGUCCGUUGGGGAAUGUCCAUAGGGGGAGCAGCAGGGAGGGAGUGAGAAGUGAAUGGAACAGUAAUAUAUUUUAUUUAUAUAUAUAUAUUUACGCUGUAACAAUGAUACAUGUCCAUUGGGUGUGGGUGGGGGCAUGGUAAAUGUUUGUUGGGGGGGUGAAGGAAGCGGGGAGAACAGACCAUGGCUCGGGUGGCUGGGGUCUACGAUUUAUCUUCUUGGCCUGCUAACAGGCAGAUGGAGGAAGUAGGGUGUCCAAUCAAAAACGCAUAUUUUGACCAAUUGGUAUGUUAAUUGUGUAGAUACUCCUCUAAGAAAACCCAUAGUCCAAACCUCAUGUCUCUAUCAUAAUCUGUUCAAAAGUUAUUGGCGUUUCUACCUAUGUCGGAUGGCCCAAAUUAGGGUGACUAAAUCAAUGGAGGCCAGAGAAAAAAGUGGUCAUAACCAGGAAAAUAGCAUUGAGUCAGCUAGGCUGGUUGCUGUGCGAGAAUUGAGGCUAAACGGACAGGUUCGCUGUUGAACUCAUCUUUCUUCUCGAAUCCGGAGGACAUAAAACAAUAUAGAGAUGGAUAUCAUUUUUGAGACAUGACAGAAGAUUUCUCACAAAAACAAGCUUAUCUCUGUGAAAUGCAUUUUAUUUUCAAUGCCUUUUAAAUGUAUCGUUUCAUGCUAAUUUAGCUUUUUGCGACCCGCAGAAACAUCUUUGCAGACUACCACUACAACAUGUAAAAUCCUCAAAAGUUCCUGUGAGAAAGCGGCAGCGCUCUGUCAACGGAGCUCGGUGCUUAUCGGAUGUAUUAGGUUACGAAAUCCAACUUUUUGGAUAUGUUAGAUGUUAUGUUAUAGAAAGACCCCACUGAACGAUUCAGAACAUGAAGAAUCAUAUUUGUCUUGGUAAAAUGUAUUUUAUAAAAUAAGGAAGUGAAAGUUCAUCACCAAACCGUGUUUUCACUCACUCUGGGCGGAGUGGGUGGGGUUGCCCAACCAUGUUCCUGGAGAGCUACCCUCCUGUAGGUUUUCGCUCCAACCCCAGGUGUUACUAACCUGAUUCAUCUUAUCAACCUGCUAAUUAUUAGAAUCAGGUGUGCUAGAUUAGGGUUGGAGCAAAAACCUACAGGACUGUAGCUCUCCAGGAACAGGGUUGGGCCGUCCUGCCCUAGAGGAAGCCAAAUGAGGGGUGUGGCAAGAGAUACAGCGGAAACCAAAUAGGAAGAGAGGAAGUAGGGGGAGACUGAGAGUAAAACUUAAGGAACUAUGGAAGGUAUUCCCACCGCUCCCAUUUGAUAGUUCUAGCUAGUCUCUAGUCUCAGUAUUAAAGUGGAUGAGCUACAUGUCAAUGUUCUGUUCCAAUGGGCAUAUCUUGACGCCAGCCUGAAUUGGUUUACUGAACAUGGUUGGUUGAUUUGAUCGUCUUCGAACUGAGUUUGGAUGGGUUCGGAACAAUACCUACCAUGUGUAAAUGGCGAGUGCAGCACAAAGCAAAACACCUCGACUGUUUCAAUUCAAUGGACAAGUUUGACCUCUGGUGUAAGGAGAACUUCCUGGAAGAUUUUUCUGCCACCAAGACCAAAGACCUUUUCAUCCACUUCGAAAAUCUGUUCUCGUGACUUGUAUAAUGUUUGUAUCAGUCUUGUGUGUGUAUUGUUUAUAUAAUCCGAAAUCCACAACUGGUCUUUCCCCUCUGUGAAAAAAUAAAGCCAUUCUCUUCUAUUCUACUUCUAGCUGUGCUGUGAGGAGGAUGGUGGUCUUCCUCUCACUCUGACUACUAAAGCUCCCAGUCAUGAGCCAACCUCCCUACUCAAUAUAGCUCUUAUGGAGGUUUGGGACAUCUCUCACCUGCUUUAGUACUUGUGACAUCACUCUGUUUUGGGUGAUUUGUAUGAUUUUGAUCUGUUCACAAUUUGCUCAAUGCUCUCUCCUGGGUCUGUAUGGAUAUCAACCAACCUCUUCUAUAACUGAUAUUUCUAAUCCAUAUUUCUGGUAAUCUCAGGAACCUGCACCAAGUGUCCAUGCUCCAGUAGGACAGAGCAUUAGACCCCUGAAACAAUGGCCUCUGGUGGGUAUAGGAUCUUAAUCACACUGUCCUCUUAUACCCACUACUGUAAUAAUGCUCACUGGAUUUUAAAUGCACCUGUUUAAGUGAUGGCCAAACUCUACUAGUAUAGGAUACUGAUCCAGUGUGUUACUUACCCUCUCCAUGUUAAAGGGGGUACUACAGGAAGUCUGCCCGCUCCUAGUAGCCAAGCCUUCCUCACUACCUCGUUUGUCUGGAAGUGACCCCUUUGCCUCCUUCACCGUCAGGCCUGUAAGCUACGUCUCACACACCCCCUCAUCUCCAUCUCCUCAAGUCCUGAAGGAACAACUGGAAUCCCUAUCAUCUCUCUCUGCCAAGUUUGACAUGCUGUCCAAUCGCUUUACUCGGGUAUACAGUUUACAGUAUAUUGUCCAAUAGUUCUCAAUAGAGUUCUGUUUUCCUCACAAUGGUUUGUUGUGGUGGCACCUGGAAAUUGGAACUUAAUUGUGGAGUGAAAGGGAUCUCACUGUUUUUCCUCAGACAUGGUAAAGUUGUAAACAUAUGGGUGAUGAUUAUGAAUGGGGCUACUGUAGUGUGUGUGUGUGUGGCGCACAGCUGUCUGCCUGUACUAGGACAGCUGCAUGAAAGACAGCUGAUGUGAGGGGAGUGAAAGAAGACUCUAACCUCCCCGGCUCUCACUAACACGCAUGCAACUCUCUCUAACCAGCAGGACCAGCAUGAGUCUAAAAAUGAACUCCAACCUAAGUGGAAACAGCAGAAAAACACCCCCUUCCUCUCCUCGGUCACCCCAGUGAGGGGGCAGGGCAGUGUCACCUCCAGUAUCUCUAAGGAGCCAUGGGUACGAAAGUAAUCCAUUGCUAUGCCUUAUGCAUGUAUCGCCCAGGGUCUGUGCUGGUUCGUUUGUCAAGGCAGUAUUAUUCACAAGACAAGGUAAUGGUGUUUGUGGUCAAAUGGGUUGGUCACAAGCCUUAGGUUUACUGCUGGUGUGGUCACAUGGGCAUAGGACUGCAACAGGGCCACCUAAUGGUCUUUAGGUGUACACACCCUCUAGCCUAUUCCAAAAAGAAUACCCCUCUAGCCCUUAUCUGAAUGUGGCGGUUUUGGCAAUGACUUUGUAACACGCAAAUGGAACAAUGUCUCAUCCUAACCCUAAUCGCUCCUUGUCGGCCUCAACGUUUAAAGAAUGUGUACUAAAAUAUGUGUGUUGCAGGUGGAGAAGAUAGCAGCUGGUGAGCAGACACCCAGCAGGGUGGAUGAGAAGGAUGUCCUCAAGGAGAUGUUCCCCUACGAGACCAACACUCCAACAGGAAUCAAGUAAGACACACACACGUUAUUCUAUCAACAUACAAAAACUUUUAUAAAUCCUUGUUAUAUCUGGCAGACUGCCACCCACAGUCUUGUCAUUCCUAUAAAGCAGUGUCCUGUAACUAAUUUGUUAAGAGCUUGAUAGUAAUUCUUGCCUGAUGGCAACUCAAAUGUGUGAAAUGUCACAAUGAAACUCAACUUUAUUCCUCUCCCAUCCCUCUAGCGCAACCUGUCGGCGGCCCAUCCGAGGUGCAGCCGGCAGGCCCCUAAAGUCUGGUGACCUGUGGACAGAUGAGACUCUCCUGCGUUCCACCUCUAACUCUUCCUACUCAGAGAGCCGCACCGCCACCGUCCACAGAGUCACCACCCUGCCCCCCUCCACCAGGCUGGUAACGUCAGUGACGCCCCCUGCUGGCAAGGCCGUAGCACCACCCCGUGGCCUGCCUUUCUGGCUGAAGCUGCUGCUCCUCAGCGUUGUAGCUGGCUUCAUAUUCUUCGUCUACCAGACCAUGGAGACCAAUGCUAUGGCCCCCUUUGGAGGGUCCUCCGAUUCCACGCAGACCAGUGACAGU